CUAGGGAAAAAGAGACAUUAGAGCAGAGACUGCUAUCAGGCAGCAUAUUGGGCUCCUCACAGGUGGCAGCAGCACCACUGCAUCCCACCUACUUAUGUAUCAGACUCAUUAGGUAGCUUGAGGGCUUUGCAGCACAUACUCAAUUGUGUAUUUUGCUCUUUUCUUUUCAUCAUCAUUUUCUUAAAAAGAUAACCACAUGCAUAGUGAGGUCCUUUCUCCCAUCAAUGUACUUUUCUAACACUUUAUUUUGCCUUCACCUUCUCUCCUUUCCUUCACAAAUAGAAAAUCACAUUUACAGCAAGCAAACUGGGAGAUUUGUGACACUUCUUAACUGCUGAGAACAUUAAUAUUAUCAUAUCACACUGGUUUCUGUGAAAAAUUUAUAAAAUAAAGGAAUAAAGAUUUCUAAUGCAAUCUCUAGGGGUUAUAUUACUGAUUGCUUUAUAGUAAGAACUAGUAUGUUGAACUAAGUUUAAUACCUUCAGAAACAGAGUUUUAUAAUGAGUUGCAUUUCACUUUCACCCUGUCCAUUGAACACACUUUGAAGGUUCAUGUAACCAGCCCCAUGCACAUGGUAACAAAUUCUCUCCUGAGUUCUCCAAAGCUGGAAAGAAGUCUAGCAGCUAGAAAGAAGCUGCAGAGCUGCCAGAAGUGCAUUUUCUCUUUUUACUUUUUUGAAUUUCUGCUCCAGCAGAUGGAUUUAUCCCCCUGACUUGCCAUUAUCUGGGGAGUAAGAUGCAGUGGAGAGAGCUCAGGAGAAAAUGGCUGAUGCUCUGCCAUUCAAGCUGAGCUUGUAUUCACGCAGGGUAAAGUGUAGAAAGUAAGGUAAGAGCCUAUAUCAAUAAACAGUGAACCUUCUAUUCUACCAGCUCCAACUGCUUUCAACUGACCCAUCUGCUAUAAAAACAAUAAUGUUUGCCACAAAUAUUUGCACAUAUUUGAUACUGUGAAAUUACAUGUGGCUGAAAGACUAUUGAUUUUCUUUUUUUCUAUGCUUGUUUUGAUUCCCUAGAACAAUACAUUGUACAUAAUAUUUUGGGGUUUGUCUCUUCUGGGAGUCCACACUUUUUCAGAUCAGGCUGAGUAAUUUUAAAAGUUGCUGCUGCUGUAUUGAUUUUCUGCCUGAAUCCAUUUUGCUAAGUAAACUGAUAUAGGAAGUAGGGCCUGAGAUCAUCUCACAGGCACAAUAAGCAAGCCCUGCCCCUUUCUAAAACACCAAAGCUUUAUAAUCUUUAAAACUGAUUUUUGUUAGACUUAGGUGACCUGUAAUAUAGGAAAACCGCAGAUCUGCUGGAUAAGAUGGAAUAAAAUUGAAGAAGGUGGUGAACCAAUUUUCCCUCCUUCACUGUGUCAUUGCAAGGGUGAGUCCUUUUCCAUGGGUUUUCUGUCAGCCUACAGACACUCCCCUACUGCAAAAUCCAUUCAAAAUCCCCUUGUGGUUCCUCAGACAAGGUUUUUCUCUCCACUCCUAGGGAGGCCAGCUGGCCUACGCCUCACCCUACAGGGAGCCAGCCCUUACAGGUCUACUGCUUUGCUUCUGGAAGUUUCUACUGGGCCAGGGUGCCACUGCCCCUUGUUCUCCCAAGUGGGGUGCAGGUGCUGCAAUGCACACUCAUUUCCCAUCCAUCCUUUGUCAGCUACAGCAAAAUUCUUCCUGCUGCUCCCUCUGGUCUCCAUCACUGUCUGAGGAAGACACCUUUACAUGGCUGGACAAACACUGAUGGGCUCAAUGAGGGCUGAACAUGAGGACUCACAAUGAUAAAGAUGACACGAGAGCAGUAUAUAUUAGCAACACAACAGAACAGCCUUCCAAGGACUGAAAAUCCUCAGUUUUACCCAGUAGGGAUUUAUGGAUGGCGAAAGAGGUGCUUAUACUUCUUUGUACUUCUCCUGUUGGUUACCAUGAUUGUUAACUUAGCAAUGACAAUAUGGAUUUUGAAGGUUAUGAAUUUCACAGUGAGACUGUUGCUGCACUUUGAACAGAACUUCUGGUUUAAUUUCGUCCAAAAGGAAUUCCCUUCACAUGCAGAAAAACUGCCCCACAGUCUGAGUCAACAUGGAGAUGGAAUGGGAAAUUUGAGAGUCACUAAAAAAGGAAUACGACUUGAAGGAAUAUCUGAAUUUCUACUUCCACUAUACGUGAAAGAAAUCAAUUCCCGAAAGGAUAGUCCACUGGUCUUACAGUCUGACAGAAAUGUAACAGUGAAUGCAAGAAAUCACAUGGGACAGUUAACUGGACAACUGACAGUAGGAGCUGAUGCUGUGGAGGCCCAGUGUAAAAGAUUUGAAGUGAGGUCAAGUGAAGAUGGAAGAGUGUUGUUUUCUGCAGAUGAAGAUGAGAUUGUCAUUGGAGCUGAUAGACUGAAAGUAACAGGCACAGAAGGGGCAGUGUUUGGGCACUCUGUGGAGACACCCCAUAUCAGAGCAGAACCUUCCCAAGACCUCAAACUUGAAUCUCCUACUAGAUCCUUGGUGAUGGAAGCACCCAGGGGAGUGCAAGUCAAUGCAGCUGCAGGAGACUUAAAGGCCACGUGUAGGAAAGAACUGCACUUACAGUCUACAGAAGGGGAGAUAUUUUUAAAUGCAGAUACAAUUCGCUUGGGAAAUCUACCAGUGGGCUCCUUUUCCUCCUCUUCACCUAGCUCUUCAGCUCCUCGCCAGACUAUCUAUGAGCUCUGCGCCUGCCCCAAUGGUAAACUUUAUCUGUCCCCAGCAGGAGCAGGCUCCACAUGUCAAUCCAGUAGCAACAUCUGCUUGUGGAGCUAGAAGGACUCCAAUUUCUCCUCACACCGGAAUAGCCUUUUGUUACUAUCCCUCUGCUUCACAGUUCUGCUCGGUUUCCCUUGUGACAAGUUCGACGCUUCAAAUGGCCUGCAGAGCAACUUCUUCCAGUGUAAGCAGGAAUACAGCGCUGCCUUCUCUUGUGGUUUGUGUUACCACUCAACAUAGAGAUGGGAGUGAGAUAUUCAGAAAUCAAUGUAUUCUUCAUCAGGAAACCUGGAACAUAAUAUCACCUUUUGUCCAAAAGGGAGAAUAACACAGGUGCCUUUGCUACGUGAAGUGAAGCACAUAGUUUUAGAUUUUUGCAGGACCUGGAUAUGAACUGCACAUAUAUAUAUACAGUACAUAAACGAAUUUGCCCAGAAUCUGAUGGUGAAAUUAAUUGGUUACCCCUGUAUGAUAAAUAACUUUACUGUCUGAAAGCACAAUUUUCCAUUCAUCUUUUUGGAUGUAAACUUUUAUCCCUGAAUUUUAAAAUUUUGAAGCAUUGUGUGAUGCUUGCUUUACUAAACAAUUAAAUUCAGUAAAUGGUUUUUAACACAAAAAGAGACAGAAUCCCUCCGUGAGUUUGGUUUCUUUAAAAGUGUGUUGUUACUCUUUGUCUACUAAGUCUAGGGUUUUGUACACUAGGUAAAUUUUGGAAGUGCUCAGCAAUAUUACCUUUCAGAGUUAAAAAGACACCUGCUCUUGUUUGUCAGAUCUGAAUGGCCUUAUAUAUUAAUUUUGUGGCUACUGCAUGUGAAGUGAUUGCUUUCAGUAGAACAUACAGUUUCUGGAAAAGAACAGGGUAAAGAAGGAAAUACUGUUGAUGUGGUUUUUGAUCAGUGUAUUGCUCUUCACAAGGUAAUUAUAAUUGGCAAAAAAAAAAAAAAAAAAUCAAAGGUACAACUUUUCCAUUUUCUAGCUAUGUCUAACUGCUGCCGUUUGAACACAGUACAAACAUUAGUACUAAUGCAGUGUGUAAAGUUGAGAAGCAGUGCACUAACAACUGGUACCACAUUCACAUUCAUUAUUCUCUUUUGUUUACCAUCUGCUGCUAAGGUUUUCAAAGUAAUAGUAAUAAAUAUAUAUAAACACACAUUAAAUGACAUUUGGUAUUAAAAAGUACAUUAAUAUUAUGUUGACUUCAUCAGGUCUGUGUUUAAAUUAUGCAGCCCCAUUUGCACUCUGAGCUCACUGCUGACUUCCUUUUUUGUCAAGUUGGAUGUGGGAUUUCUUUCUUGUAUCAAUGUUCAUACAUGUUUGGUUUGUUUGGUAAUUGAAAUUUUACAAGAAAGCUUUGGUAUGCUGCUAGUAGGUUUAUCGCAACAUUGAUUAACAAGAGUAUCUUGAAACUUGCAGAACCCAGGAAUGUAAAACAGUAUAAAAAUGUUUCACAUUGUGGAAGAUGGCUAGUUUACAUAAGGUAAGUGUGCUUUUUAAUACUAUUCUUUAAAAUAUGUCAUCUACCAUGUAGCUUUAGAGGCUUUGGAAUGUAAGACCAUCAAUAUAAUGAUAGUUUUUGCAAGGUAACUCUGAAGUCAGGGCAAACAGUGCAAGGUGGGUAUUUCUACACAGCUUUUUUUUUUUUGCUUUUUUUUUUUUGAGAAAAAAUAAAAAGGGCAAACUAAUACUGUGAUUACCUUUCUAUUUUAUUACCACCUCAUAAGGCUGAUUUUGUUUUCACUUCAGGUGAAAUUCACUCCUUUGCAGAAGACCAGCACAAGACGUGUCCACGGCUUGACUGGUGCUUGCCUUUCCAUUGGGCCUGUUCAGAGGUGUGAAUUUCACGCUGUAGCAAGAAUACUCUCCUUGCUGUUUCUACCAGAUUAAAAUAAUAAUAAUAAAAAAAUAAAUAAAAUUAUUUUCUCUUUUCAAAAGAAGGCUAUUAGGAAAUAAUUCAUUAUUUCUUUGAGAAUUGUAUUCUUUCACCGGGAAAAAAAAAAAAAAAAAAAAAAGUAUUAGAAAAUAUUUCAAGAAAAUAUAUUAGAAGCCUGGGGAUUCUUAAUAAGAGGGACAGAAACAGAUACAAAUGACAAUGGUGAUAAUAAGACAUUUGAAAGUGUAUCCAUACAAAAUACCCUUUAAACUAUAAGGAAAUAGACGCGUUUGGUGCGAGAGCACAAGGAAAAAAGGAUCAAUCAUAUUCCAGGAGUAAAAUAUAUAGAUCUGUAUGAGGAUAUAUCUACAUGUAUUCAUUAUCUGUGCACACCAACAAACACUGGUUGCUUCAAAGAUGAACAGAUUAUAAUGGCUAAUCUAUUCAGUGAAUUACAUUUUGCCUGCUUAUAAAUUAUACACAACUAGACUAAGAUUUUUUUUUCUCCCCACUAAACCUACAUGAUUUGUCAUACAUUUUCCAUUGAGCAAUUCUUACUUGCUUGCUCUUCACCUUAUAUGAUAACUUACCUGUAGUACAGUCAAAAAAGGUUUCUGGCUUCUUUCUGGAUAGACCUAACCUUUAUAAAUUUUCCACAAUUUUCUACAAAUCAUGUAGAAAAAUAAAACAUAUCUUUUGUAACAACUCAUGUUAAUAACAAGGCUGAAAUAAUUUACUGCUUUAUAUGAGGAAAACUCAGAGCAGAUGCGCAGAUGAUACUUUGGACUUGAGAAAAACAAGCCAGUAAGUCCAGAAAGUCCUGUACUGUCAAGAUUUUCUUGCUUGGAAUCAUUGCAGUCUGCUUGGUAGUAUUUAUUAUACCAAUAUUGGUACAAGUAAAAAUAGAGUGUAUUUAAGAAUCUUAGCAAUCUAUGAGAUAGAUAGACAUGUCCACCACGUACACAGUUCUCAUAAUGUCUUAAUAUUUUGGUGAGUUUCAGAACACCAAUAUUUUACUUUAAAUCUACUGUAAGCUAUAAGAAGGGGAAAAGAAAAGUUCGGUUUUCAUUUUAAAGGACAUUUCUAGCCCACAUGAUUUCCGAGUAUAGGAAAAGUGAUUUCAGUGCAUCUAGAGAACUACAAACAUCAUAAUGCCAAAUAUCUAUAAGCAGUGUCAUCAUUUCUGAGUGGAAGGAGAAACAGAUCUGGUAUUUUUAGUGUUUGGAGCUGGCAUUAGUAGAGCUCUUUGAUUCAUAGCAUGGUCCAAAAAGUGACGUAGUCCAACUGCAUCGUUUCAGAUGGAAAGAAACUAGAAGAUCUCAGUACAAAAGCCAUGUUAAAACAUGGAGCCAAAACAUAACUAUUUCAGUGCUGGUGUUUUAAUGCUGAAGCAUAAAGUAAAGGCCAUUCUGUGCAGAGCCAUAGGAAAUUUCUGGAUACUUUUUGUCACAUUCCUCAUAGAUUCCUGGCCCUGCCUCCAAGUUAUUUCAGUCUUUGUUGUCUAUGUAUAAUAUCUAACAUUCAGGUUAUGAUUAAGCCCCAGCUGAAGUAUCUCUAAUUUGAGUGCUUAUCUGAAUGAAAAUUUUUAUCACUGAUUUCAGAAAAGAGAUGUCACUUCUUUUUAUGGCUAAGGUAAGAGUUCCCCCAUUAACAAAUCACUCUGUUGUGAAAACUAUAGAAAGAUUGAAGACCUUAAAGGUGUUUUUAAGCAUUAAUAUUAGUGCACUUAAAAAAAAAAAAAAAAAAAAAAAAAGUGGCUAAAAAUGUCCCUUUGAGGCUCUUUCUAGUAUAUGAAUACAUGUAUCAAAUAAAGCUUCUUUUUGUACUCAACUGUUCAUUUGGGAACCACUAAGAUGAUGUUACAGCUGUUUGGCUUUUUCAGAGCUACCUCUAUGGCAACAGCAAAAUACAUGAAAAGACCUUAUUAAAUACAUGUAUUUAAUAUAUAUAAUAGAUUUAUCUUCUGUAAAAACUGUCAUGAUAUCCAUGUCAUAGGAUACUGUCUCUUUCUUGUUUAAAAAAGAAAAAUAAAAACAUCAGCCAACCUCUCUGAGCACUGUUAGCUGUAUCGUUUUGUACUGCAGUUCAUUCAUUGGUUAAGUGAUAAGACCAAAGACUGACACUUCUACUUUAUCUAACGCUAUGACACUUCUGCUUCUACUAAUUCUGUUGGAAUGAAGAGAUGACAAGUUGUAAUUACAACAUGAAAUUGUAACAUAGUUUAGAUUUGUGCAGCAUUUUGAGCUGUAGAUUGUUCACUUUUUCCAGGGUUUAAUUUGUUUGUUUGUUGUUUUGUUUUUGUGUGUGUUUUUUUUGUUUGUUUGUCAGCAUGGUGCAAUUAUGUUACUGUUCAUACAUACCAGGAUCUUUCAUUGUUCAAAAAAAAAGCAGAGCGAGUAUUCCAAAAUGUGCCAAGACAUUGCUUGUUUCAACUGGAGUUAUACUGUUUUGCUUGCAAAACAGUGGCUUGACUGGAUAACACAAUUCACUUAAAAAAUAUUUUAGAUACAGAGGGCUAUUAAGUCUGGGUUGAAGAUAGAACUAUACAUGUCUAGAAGAAUUUUAUAAAGGAUGUUUAAGAAAUUUGGUUACUUACAUCGUGUAUUAUUUGUUGUUUUUUGUUUGCUUAUUUUAGAUUCUAAACCAUUGUCUAAUUAAAAAAAAA